AUGAAUUUCAAGAAAACUCGAGAAGUGCUCCUGCCGAAAUUCAAGCUGGAGAAGAACUACAACCUGGUGGAGGCCCUGAAGUCAAUGGGGGUCACGGCACUGUUCGACAAAGACAGCAAUAUGACAGGAAUCUCAGACCACAGGAUCACCAUCGAUCUGUUCAAGCACCAAGGAACCAUCACGGUGAAUGAGGAGGGCACCCAGGCUGCCGCCAUGACCACGGUGGGGUUCAUGCCGCUGACCACCCAAGUCCGUUUCACUGUCGACCGCCCCUUCCUCUUCCUCAUCUAUGAGCACCGCACCAGCUGCCUGCUCUUCAUGGGGAGAGUUGCCAACCCCACCAAGUCUUAAAGGUGGAGGUCUGGGUUUUGGGGGCACUGUGUAAUUCUGGUUCCAUUCUAACGAUGAGAACGGAGAUGUUCUGGCAUCAUGGCUUUCGUGGUUUAUGCGACCAUUCUGAAAUCGAGGCCCAUAGGAGAAGAAAUUUACAAACCGACGGAGAAGCUCAUAGGAAUCCGUUCCGCACAGUGAACAAGGCCAGCAGUUCGCAGACAUUAAUGCACCUGUGAUAUGUGAGCCAUUACCCAGAGGGUGUCAGCAACAUACAGACCGGCUCACUCCCGCCUCCUCAGUGCAAACCUAUAGGGGGCUUACCUUGUACCUCCUUUCCCUGCUGUCCCCGUCCUUGAACUUUUGGCUCUAUUACUCAAAUUACCAGCGCUCCUCAGCUGAACACAGAACCCAGAAAUGAGCUGUAGGACUAAUUUCUCACCUUUCCCAAGGAUGGUGCCCAGGCCAGAAGCAACCUCAUGACAUUCAAGGGGUGCCCUGGGUGUUAGGGCCUAACACCCUAAUUCUCUCAAGGCCUAACCUUCUGAAUUGAUGCUAAAUGUCAUCUAUACUUCUGCUGUCACCUCACUGCUGCCCAGAGGACAGUGUAUACACAUGGCCAUGCCUUCCACCUUAGAGAUAAAUAAAUAUUGCCACUUUUA